UUGUAUUUAUGCGCCUCCUCUCUGUGAUUCAAGGUUCAACUCAAGGUUUAAAACAAGGUCUGUUAGUAAACCAUCAUUUCGCGCUUCGGAGUGCGUAGUAAACGACGUGUUCGAGCAUGGCAGGGGCCGUGAAGAAGUUUUACGAUCUGUCCGCUAAACUUUUGACAGGGGACCUCCUGAAUUUCUCCUCUCUCAAAGGCAAAGUGGUGCUUAUUGAAAAUGUGGCGUCGCUUUGAGGCACAACUGUCAGGGAUUACACCCAGAUGAACGAGCUCCACAGCCGGUACGCUGAUCAGGGCCUUGUGAUUCUGGGCGCUCCCUGCAACCAGUUCGGGCAUCAGGAGAACAGCAAGAAUGAAGAAAUUCUUCUGUGUCUGAAGUACGUCCGUCCUGGAAAUGGCUUCGAGCCCAAAUUCCAACUUCUGGAGAAGCUGGAAGUGAAUGGUGAGAAAACCCACCCUCUGUUUGUGUACCUUAAAGAGAAGCUGCCUCAGCCCAGCGACGAUGCCACGUCCUUGAUGGGUGACCCCAAAUGCAUCAUCUGGAGCCCGGUGAACAGAAACGACGUCUCGUGGAACUUUGAGAAGUUCCUCAUUGGCCCAGACGGGGAGCCGUUCAAGAGAUACAGCAGAAGGUUCCUCACCAUCGACAUUGAAGCUGAUAUCAAAGAGCUUCUGAAGAGGGUGAAAUAAGCUUGGCGACCUCCUCGUGUUGUGGCCA